AUGGGUAAACUUAACGUUGCAAAAAUGGCGAAUUUUAUGGAAAUCGAGUGUUUUGUCCUUGUGGCUUGUCCUGAAAAUAGCUUGAUUGAUUCAAAGGAAUUUUAUCGUCCAAUUGUGACUCCUUUUGAGUUAGAGAUAGCUUUGGAUCCAGAAUCGUCGUCAAUUUAUAAGUACAUUUUUAACACGAUUUUAUUUAUGCUAGGUUCAAACACCGAAGAACUCGAAAAGUCCGUAUUAGAUGAUGAUGAUGAACCACAUUUCUCUUUAAUUACUGGAAAAUACAAACAAGGUCGAAAAUAUGCCGUUAAAAACACAUCUGUUGAAAACGUUACAGACAGUAUCAAAGAUUUAACAUUACGCAAUCAAAAUACAUCGGUAUCAACUUUACUGAACAGUGCAGCAGGAGAUUAUCUUAAAUCAAGGACAUUUCGAGGACUAGAACAACAAAUCGGAGAAACAGAAAUACGAUUAGCCGAGGAGGGUCGAUCUGGCAUUGCUAAAGGUUAUGCGAAUGAAGAAACUUAA